AUGGUAACCAACAAACUGUACCUAGACUACGGAUCUGAAAAUGAAUUUUCAGUCCGUGGCUACCGACUCAAUUACGUGAAGGCAACAUUGCUCGUGAUCUUCAGCGUGCUCACUGCCGGUUUAGCAAUUUUGCCAUUGUACUGGAAACCAAAUUGGUUGAUUUAUGCUCUCUUUUCCGAGGCUUCAACUUUAAACAACGCCUCGGAUGUUUUGAUAGAGGAUUUUUACCAGCGAUCGUUCAGAAGACGUCUAUUCAAGAUGGAAAUUAAAUCUGACUUGACUUGGAAUAUGUUACAACAGCGACUGUGGCGACAAAUCAAUAAUGAUCAAAUGGCAGAGAAGGUACCAACUAAAGAUAAAAGCCAGCCAAAAAUCGAUCUUGAAUCCAUAAAUUUUGACCUCGACGAAACAGGGUACCAUCUUCAUCUUCUCUGCUUCACGUUUCAAAAGUCAAUCUAUAUCAUAUCAAGCGACGGAGGCAGUGUCGCUAAGUUACCAUCACUGUCAGCUGGUAUGACCGCAUCAGAAGCUGUGCAGAAUAUUAAACAUGGUCUUUCCAGCCAAGAAGUUGAGAGUCGAAAAGGCGUUUUUGGACCAAAUGAACUAGACAUUAACCCGAAAUCGAUUGCUCAGUUGAUGGUUCAAGAGGUGUUGCACCCGUUUUACCUCUUUCAGCUGUUCAGCGUGACCGUUUGGUUUAUCGAUGAGUACAUUUAUUACUCGAUUUGCAUCAUAGUCUUAAGUGUUUUCUCGAUCGCCUGGGCGCUUUACAUGACCUACUCGGAGCAAAAGAAAGUAAUAUCAAUGACUAAAGGGGAUUUUGUUAUUGAAGUACUGCGAGACAGUGUAGUUGAGAACAUAUGGCAAAAAGAUUUGGUUCCAGGGGAUAUCGUUAUAAUUCCUCAAAGAGGUUGCUCGAUGAACUUUGACGCGCUUUUACUGACCGGCUCGUGCAUUGUGAAUGAAAGCAUGUUAACAGGUGAAAGCGUGCCAGUGACCAAAGCGCCUUUCAGUCAAGCAAGUGGGAACCAAGCUGUGUACUCUGAAAAAAGCCACGCAAAACAUACUUUGUUUUCGGGAACAUCAGUUUUGCAGUCACGAACUUAUUCGAAUGAUCACUGCUAUGCCAUCGUGAUCAACACUGGAUUUCACACUAUGAAAGGCGAGCUUAUAAGAUCAAUUCUGUACCCAAAACCGAUGUCGUUUCGCUUGUUUUUUGAUGCCAUAAUGUUUGUCGUGUUUUUGUUGUGUAUAGCCAUGAUUGGAUUUGUAUAUACGCUUGUCUUAAUGAUCAAUCGGCAGAAAGACCUGAAAGAGAUCAUUUUGAAGCCACUUGAUAUAAUCACAAUUGCUGUACCACCAGCAUUGCCUGCGGCUUUAAACAUUGGUAUGGUUUUCGCCCAGCGCCGUUUGCGAAAUAGAAAAAUAUUCUGUGUCAGCCCGCAGAGAAUAGACGUUGCCGGAUCCAUUGACGUUGUCUGUUUCGACAAAACGGGAACCCUCACUGAAGAUAACAUGACAUUUAAGCACCUGGUUACGAUAGACGAAGUCACCAAUGUUUUGGCCCGAGAGACAUCUGAUGUGAAAACAUUAGAACCAGACUCGAAACUGGCCAUUGGGAUCAGUACUUGCCACACGCUCACUAAAAUAGAAGGGAAAAUUGUUGGUGAUCCCAUGGACUUGAAGCUGUUCACUGCAUCUGGCUGGACGUAUUCAGAACAAGGAACAGGAAGUGGAUUUGACUUUGACUCAUUAGCGCCUUCCGUUGUCUCAUCGCCCCGGACAGAGACCGGUUUGGUAGUUGAAGUUGGAUUAGUCCGCCAAUUUCCGUUUUCCUCCGAAAUGCAACGUAUGGCCGUUAUAGUGAGAGAUAGUCGCAAAAAUCAUUACGACUUCUUCGUUAAAGGGUCACCCGAAAAGGUUGCAGCCAUGUGUAAGCAGUUUCCUGGUAACUUUUCCCAGUCCUUGGAGUACUAUGCAAACAGUGGUUAUCGAGUUCUAGCCUUAGCGUACAGACCUCUGGAUUCGAAAAUGGCCUGGCACAAAGUCCACAAAGCCACCCUGAAUGAUCUAGAACAAAACCUCGAGUUUCUUGGGCUACUGGUGUUUUGCAACCAGCUUAAGAGAGCGUCGGCUCCUGUCAUUCAUAAGCUACAUGCUGCAAACAUUCGAUCAAUUAUGGUCACAGGAGAUAACAUCGCAACGGCUGUGGCUGUGGCACGAAACUGUUCGCUCGUUCGCAAAAACAAGCAAAUGCGACAAUUCUGCACUAGAGAUGACGUGUUCAACUUUGCACACAAAGCCUCGUCGCCUUCAAACAGUGCCUUUGCUCUUAGUGGCCAUGCAUUUUCCGCCCUGAUGGAGAUUACUGAUACUGCAGUUCUAAAUAGAUUUCUUGAAAGAACCUCGGUCUAUGCGAGAAUGAAGCCUGAACAGAAAUCGGAACUAGUUGAGAAGCUUCAGAAUGCAGGUUUUUAUGUGGGAAUGGUAGGUGAUGGUGCGAACGAUUGUGGUGCUUUAAAAAUGGCCCAUGUCGGAAUUUCUUUAUCGGAGUUAGAAGCUUCAGCUGCAUCGCCUUUCACAAGCGCAAUUCCUGAUGUAUCAUGUGUGGAUAAACUGAUCCGUGAAGGACGCGCCUCUUUAGUAAACUCAUUUGCGACAUUCAAGUUUAUGGGUCUGUACAGUAUGAUUCAGUUUUCGUCUGUAGUUAUACUAUACUGGUACAAUACAACUCUGGGAGACUUCCAGUUUCUGUACAUUGACAUGGGAAUUAUUACGGCACUGAUGUUGAGCAUGGGACGAACGGAGGCUAGUGGAAAGAUAUCCGAGUUCAAGCCUCCUGUCAGGUUGUUCAACGGAGUUGUAUUCAUAUCUUUAAUUGCAGCGAUCAUUGCUCAAUUUGCAGCCCAGUGCUUUUCCUUGUUUGCGCUCAUGAAAUUCAGUUGGUAUACACCGGUUGACCCUGAGGUUGAUGUUGACGUCAGAGACUCAGUUCAAGGCCAAGAGAACACAGCAAUUUGCUACAGCUCCAUGUUACUGUAUAUUGUAUGUGCUGUCGGAUUCUCACCAGGUCCCCCACAUCGGAAACAUUUGAUCACAAACUACCCCUAUGUUGCCGUGAUUAUAAUUCUGGUCUUAGGCCAAAUGGUCAUAAUGUUUCACCCUGAGUCGUGGACGAGUUUCCUUGACUACAGUGAGUUAGUUUACAUAGAUUCAGUAUCUUUUAAGCUGAUAAUCAUCAUCAUAUCGUUGCUGUGUCUGGCUUUACUAGUUGUUCUGGACUUUUAUCUGCUAGCAAAUAAACAUCAAUUACCGUCACCCGGAGAUAUCCGAGAUUCGGUUGCUGAACUCUGUUCUCGGAAGAGUCCAGUUGGCAAAACUGGAUCCAAGUUUGACGUAUCAUCAGCAAGCAAUUGUAGUCCGAAGUCUCAGGCCAAGUAUUCUUCGAACAGCUUACCUGAUUACGCAGUUUUGGCCGAAGAAAAAUUUGACGGCGAUCUGUCAAACAUGUCUGGAGUCUUGGUAAUUUCAUCGCUCUGA